CUCCCGCUGCGUCAAGGGCGGCCACCAUUGCUUUCUCCCUUUCUCACGCAAAAGUGCGCACCAAUUGACCUCCAAGCGGCCUCUCGCACCCUUAAGCCAUGGCGUCCCAACCACAAUCGUCCUCCAAACCCGCUGCUGGCAAGCUAUGGGGCGGCAGAUUCUCCGGAGCAACUGACCCAUUGAUGGUGGCAUACAAUGAGUCCAUCUACUUCGACCGUGCCUUUUACGCUCAAGAUAUUGCUGGGUCAAUUGCCUUUGCCCGUGCGAACGUCGCCACAGGCAUCCUCAGCCAAGCUGAAUUCGAAGCCAUCGAGAAGGGUUUGAACCAGAUUCGCGGCGAGUGGGAGAAUAACACUUUUGUUAUCCAGCCUGGUGUCGACGAAGAUAUUCACACUGCAAACGAGCGCAGACUCGGCGAGAUCAUUGGGAAGGAUAUUGCGGGGAAGCUACAUACGGGCAGAAGCCGAAAUGACCAGGUUGCAACAGACUUGAGACUGUGGUUGAGGGACGAGUUGAAAACAAUCGAGACGUAUUUGGUCGACUUGAUCAGCACCAUUACUGAUCGGGCUGAGGCUGAUAUUGAGUACUUGAUCCCUGGAUACACCCACCUUCAGCGUGGACAGCCCGUGAGAUGGAGUCAUUGGCUGUUGAGCUAUGGAACAGCUUUCUUGAACGACCUUGAACGCGUUCGCGAAGUCAUCAAGCGCGUAAACAAGAGUCCGCUGGGCUGUGGUGCACUCUCGGGAAACGCAUUUAAGAUUGACCGAGAAGCUAUGGCUAAAGAGCUUGGUUUCGAAGGGCUAGUCAUGAAUAGCAUGGCUGCGGUUGGCGACCGGGACUUUAUCCUCGAAGCUAUGCAGUGUGGAUCAACCGUCAUGCUCCACAUCUCCCGCUGGAGUGAGGACCUUAUCCUCUACAGUUCCACUGAAUUCGGUUUCGUCCGACUCUCCGACGCUUACACGACCGGCAGCUCCCUCAUGCCACAAAAGAAAAACAGCGAUUCCCUUGAACUGCUCCGCGGUAAAUGCGGCAGGCUCUUCGGUGGCAUGGCGGGAUUGAUGAUGACCAUCAAGGGCAUUCCAUCUACAUACAAUAAAGAUUUGCAAGAAAGCGUUGAACCUAUGAUUGAGCAUGUUAAGACGCUCAAAGACAGUCUGCAAAUUGCCAACCGUGUCCUUUUGACCAUGACGACGUUCCCUGAUAAAAUGAUCGCAGCCCUCACCCCAGAUAUGCUAGCUACCGAUUUAGCUGAAUACCUUGUCCGGAAAGGCGUCCCAUUUAGAGAAACACACCAUAUUGCUGGCCGUGUCGUCGCAUUGGGCGAAAAGGAGAACAAGCCCAUUGACCAACUCACCCUGGAGCAAUUGAAAUCUGUUGACCAGCGCAUCGGUGAUGACGUUCUAGACGUGUUCAACUAUGAACGGUCAGUCGAGAUGAAAUCUGCUAUUGGCGGUACUAGCAAAUCUGCAGUUCUACAGCAGAUCAAGGUUAUGCGCCAGUCAUUAGGUAACUAAGGGAUCCUGGGUUUUAGAUGUCCAGGAGUAGGGAAGGAUUUUUUUUUAAAAAAAAGUAACCAGCGAUUUCGAUGCUAUGCUUUAUGUUUUAUAGGAUCAGCCAUUUUCAUAUGCCGAUCUCAAACAUAUAGAACCAUUCUCGGGUUAUCUCUCUAAUUAAUCAGUAUGCGUACCACGGCUUAUAGGAGGCCCUAACCAAAAAGAUGCUAAUUCGUAUACCCAACCAAUGCACCCAGCUCUAAAUGAAAAUAUGUCCAGAAACGUAGCCAAACAUCUAGGCUCAUUUCCUGCUUUCG